AUGGCCAACGCGCAAUUCCAACCAAUUCAACCACUCGGAGCUCGUGUCACAUUCGGCGACAUCCCAUGGUUCACCAAAGACACAACUACCAACUUCUACGCGUUCAGUCCCCUCACCAAAGACCUUCUCAUACGUUUCCCGGCCAUCGCAAACGAGCGUGUGGCGAACGGUGCCAACGCGAACGGGAUGCGGCAUAAGCUCAUGCACCUCUUCGUCUGUGUCGAGGAGAUCGAGGCUUGGGUGCAAGCGGAGUGUGGCGCGACUGGUCAGCUGGUGGAGAGUGAGGACGUGAGGGCGGAGAUGAAGAGGAUGCUUGGGGAAUUGCGAAGGUCGGUUGACGAGGCUCCGUUGGCGAUUCCGUAUGGAGCUGCUGGGGCGGGCGGAACCCAGCUUGCUGGACCUGGGUUGGGCAGUUGA